GAGUGAGAUGACAACAAAAGAAAAAUGAGGGCAGUUUCACUUCUACCUAACAUUAAUUUUCUCUCGUUUCUUGCACUUGUUUCUCUAUUACUUAGUACACUACUCCUAAACAAUGCUGCAAAUAGUGUUGUAGCUGCUCAAGAUAUUGGGACCAAAAAACAGGUUUAUAUUGUGUAUAUGGGAGAAAGGAAGCACAGAGACGUGGAGCUAAUUACGGAUUCCCAUCAUGAAAUGUUGGCAUCAGUUCUUGGAAGCAAAGAAGCUGCGAUCGACUCGAUGAUAUACAGUUACAAACAUGGAUUUUCUGGUUUUGCUGCCAAGAUGACAAAAACUCAAGCUCAAGCUUUUUCUGAGUUACCUGGUGUAGUUGAGGUUAUCCCGAAUCAAUUUUACAAGGUGAGGACUACGAGGAGCUGGGAUUUUCUUGGCCUGUCGCCUACAUCGUCAGCGCCAAAUCUUUUGCACGAUGCCGAUCAAGGAGAAGGUGCUAUAAUUGGUGUAAUCGACGGUGGAGUGUGGCCGGAGUCUGAAUCUUUCAGCGACAAAGGCAUUGGCAAAAUCCCGGCUAAAUGGAAGGGCCACUGUGAAGCAGGAGCUGCUUUCGAUCCUGCCAAACAUUGCAACAAUAAAAUCAUCGGGGCUCGUUACUUCAUCAAAGGUUUCCUUGCAGCUCUUGACGAACCAUUCAAUGCUACAGAGAGCGGCGACAUCCUCUCGCCUAGGGACUCACAAGGACACGGCUCGCACUGUGCCAGCAUUGCGGCUGGAUCUUUUGUGAGCAACGUGAGCCUCAAUGGCCUGGCUCAUGGCACUCUCCAUGGGGGCGCCCCCCGAGCCAGGCUAGCCAUCUAUAAAGCAACUUGGCUUGGUGGUGGUGUUUCUGCAGACAUUCUUAAAGCUUUUGAUGAGGCCAUUCAUGAUGGAGUCGACGUACUUUCAGUAUCCUUGGGAUUUGAUUAUCCACUUUAUCCAGAAACCGAAAGGCGUGAUCUUAUCUACUAUGGAGCAUUCCAUGCUGUAUCCAAUGGGAUCACAGUCGUUUGUUCAGGAGGGAAUGAAGGGCCUUCGCGACAAACAGUCGAAGAUGUAGCACCGUGGGUAAUAACUGUAGCGGCAAGUACCAUAGAUAGAUCAUUUCCGACACCUAUCACCCUGGGGAACAAAAAGAAAUUUGUUGGACAGUCAAUGUACUACGGAAAAGAUACAAGCUUUCUUGAACUGGUUCACAAAAAGGGAACUGAUGUCUUACCUCAAUCACUUUGUGAAGAUUUAACAGAAAACGAUACCUGGGUAGCAGGAAAAGUGGUACUUUGCUUCAACAAAGGCGAUGAAGUCAAUGCAAUCCAAGCAGCAAAUGUAGUUAACGGAGCUGGUGGCUUGGGGUUCAUAGCUGCUAUAGACAAUGUUGAUUUCUAUUCAACAUACUACACCGAUUUUCCUUGCAUUUUAGUUAGUUUCGAUGUUGGAACUCAAAUACUUAAUUACAUUCGUUCGACAAGGGAUCCGAAGGUAAAGAUAAUGUCUACAAAGACUUACACCGGCGACCAAGUUUCCACCUAUAUUGCAUCCUUCUCGUCGCGUGGGCCUAACUCUCUUUCCCCAUCAGUUCUGAAGGUAUGCACACACCAAUUCUGUUAUUUAGAUACUAAAUAUUUGAGUGUAUGUUUUACUUACAAGUGUCUGUCGAUGCAGCCGGAUAUAGCAGCGCCAGGGGUCGAUAUAUUAGCAGCGUACGUUCCCUCAGAAACAAACAAAAGGGGAUACAGAUUUGAUUCAGGAACAUCCAUGGCCGCCCCUCACAUUGCCGGAAUAGUGACUCUGCUCAAAUCAUUGCAUCCACACUGGUCUCCAGCUGCCGUUAGGUCUGCACUCGUCACAACAGCAUGGACACAUGACCCUCAUACAGGAGAGCCAAUUUACGCGAAGGCAGGAAUAUACAAAAUGGCUGAUCCAUUUGAUUAUGGCGGGGGGAUUGUUAAUCCUAGCGCAGCGAGCCAUCCAGGCCUGGUGUACGACAUGGGAAAACAAGAUUAUGUCGACUACUUAUGUGCAAUGGGGUACAAUGAAACAGCCAUUGAUCAACUUACAGGGAAGGGAAAGUCUUGCCGUGGUUCGAAUAAGUCUGUCCUGGAUCUGAACCUUCCUUCCAUUACAGUUCCAAACCUCAGAAACUCAGUUACAGUAACAAGAACAGUCACAAAUGUUGGAGAUCCCAACUCUAUGUAUUCGGCUGUCGUCUCUCCUCCUGCAGGUACUUCUGUAAAAGUUAAUCCUAGCCAUCUGCAUUUUAGUUCUAAGGUCAGGGAGAUGAGCUUCACUGUCACUAUAACUACUUUCCAUAAGGUCACUACAGAAUACUAUUUCGGAAGCCUUACUUGGACUGAUAACAUUCAUACCGUUAAGAUCCCUAUAUCCGUUAAAACUGUGUUCCCACAAGUGUACAACAGAUGAUACAGAACAGUAGAAAAGCAUAAUAAGAUCUGAAUAAGGAUAUCAUUGUUGCCUUGUUUUUCAUUCGAAUGUUUUCUUGUACUUCAAAUUGACGUUUAUGAUAAGAACAUACUAAGUCCUUAACUA